CUGAUGUGGUGAACACGUCUAACAACACGGAUUUGUUUUGGUGUAACCCACAACAUCUUUUCGGCGCUGCAACUUUUUUCCUAGCGACAUGUGUACAUCUAAACGCAAAACGUUCUGUCGUUUAAACUUUCGCUGUGCUAUAGAAGACAGACUCCCUUGAAGUCCUCCUUGCAGAUUCUCAAUCAUGAGUGGCUCAAAGCCGGACAUCCUGUGGUCUCCUCACCACCCGGACCGCUAUGUCAUCUGUGACUCUGAGCUGGGCCUGUACAGUAUUGGACCCGUGGGCAGCACACAAACAAAGCCUGGCACUCUGUCCCUCUCGAAGGAAACUGCUGCUACAUUACUAGCCAUAAACUCUGACACUCCUUACAUGAAAUGUGUGGCCUGGUACCCAAAACAUGAGCCUGAGUGUUUACUGGCUGUGGGACAAGCUAACGGCAGAGUUGUGCUCACAAGUUUGGGCCAGAACCACAACUCCACAUGUAAAGAGCUGGUGGGGAAAGAGUUUGUGCCCAAACAUGCCCGGCAGUGCAACACUCUAGCCUGGAACCCUGUUGACAGCAACCUACUGGCUGCUGGGCUGGACAAACACCGUGCAGACUUCUCUGUUCUUAUAUGGGAUAUUAGCAGUAAAUUUGCCCCAGAAACAUUUGUAGCAGCUGAGAAAAUUCGUCUCUCAUCUGUAGAUUUGGACUCGAGCACAGUAGUGACCAAGCCACUGUACGAGUUAGGCCAAAACGAUGCCUGCCUGUCCCUCUGCUGGCUGCUUCGAGACACAAAGCUGCUUUUGGCUGGCAUGCACCGAAACCUCGCAAUAUUUGACCUGAGGAACACGAGCCAGAAAACAUUUGUGAACACCAAGGCCAUCCAGGGGGUGACGGUUGAUCCACACUUUCCCGACCGUGUUGCCUCCUUCUUUGAAGGGCAGGUGGCCAUUUGGGACCUGAGGAAGUUUGAGAAGCCUGUUCUCACACUCACAGAGCAGCCAAAACCUCUUACUAAGGUGGCGUGGUGUCCGACUCGUACAGGACUUCUGGCAACGCUGACACGUGACAGCAACAUCAUUCGCCUUUACGACAUGCAGCACACUCCCACUCCCAUCGGUGAUGAGACUGAGCCCACCAUCAUUGAACGAAGUGUGCAGCCCUGUGAAAGCCAGAUAGGCAGCUUCGCCUGGCACCCCUCCUCCCAAAACCGCAUGGUAGUGGUCUCUGCAGCCAACCGGGUCAUGACCGACUUCACAGUGUUUGAACGCAUCUCUUUGGCCUGGAGCUCCACUGCCUCGCUCAUGUGGGCCUGCGGCCGACACUUAUACAACUGUGUCGAAGACUUAGCUGAAGGGGAAGACAGUGCAGCCGAGAAAGACAUUGCCACUAAGAUGAGGGAAAGAGCUCAGUCCAGGUAUGGACAUGAUACUGUCCAAGUUUGGAGAAACCACCUGCUAGCCGGAGGGAACGAUCCCCAGCUCAGGUCUUUAUGGUUCGACCUGUCUUAUAUGAAGCAGUGUGCAGAGGACAUGGAGCUGAAAUUGCAAGGAAACAAACACUCUGUAGUUUAUUCUGGCAUCAAGAACAUUGUCAAGACAAGCUCAGGCACAACAGAGAGCCGCAGGUGCUGGAGCGGCUCAGAUCGGCAGACAGACGUAACCCGCUUCCACAGUGAGGAGCGCUGCCUUGCCUUGAGGCUCUGUGGCUGGAUCAGCCGGGGACCCGACAUCGACGUGGAAACCUUCUUGCGGUCACUCGAGCAGGAACGUGAGUGGGAACGAGCGGCUGCCAUCGCUCUCUUCAACCUGGAUAUCCGCCGUGCCAUUCAGAUCCUUAACAAGGGAGCCGUCACUGAAAAGGGUGACCUGAACCUGAAUGUUGUUGCCAUGGCUCUGUCGGGCUACACUGAUGAGAAGUCCUCACUGUGGAGGGAGAUGUGCAGCUCUCUGAGGCUCCAGCUGAAGAAUCCUUACCUCUGCAUCAUGUUCGCCUUUCUAACCAGUGAGCCCGGAGCCUACGAUGGCGUGCUGUAUGAGAGCAACGUUGCUGUCCGGGACCGAGUCGCCUUUGCCUGCAUGUUUCUCAGUGAUGUUCAGUUGCCACGUUACAUCGACAAACUGACCAAUAAAAUGAAGGAGGCCGGGAACCUGGAGGGUAUCCUGCUUACUGGGCUUACUAAAGAUGGCGUAGAUCUUAUUGAGAGCUAUGUGGACCGAACUGGGGAUGUCCAGACUGCCAGCUUCUGCAUGCUCAAGGGCUCCCCUAGCGACGUGUUGAAAGACCCUCGAGUCCAGUGCUGGAUUGAAAACUACCGCAACCUGCUGGAUGCAUGGAGGUUCUGGCACAAACGGGCCGAGUUUGACAUCCUCAGGGGCAAGCUGGACCCCAGCUCCAAACCACUAGCACAGGUGUUUGUGAGCUGCAACUUCUGCGGGAAGUCCAUCUCCUACAGCUGCUCCGCCAUGCCUCACCAGGGCCGAGGCUUCAGCCAGUACGGUGUCAGCGGCUCUCCCACCAAGUCAAAAGUCACUAGCUGUCCUGGCUGCAGGAAACCACUGCCACGCUGUGCCCUGUGCCUCAUGAAUAUGGGCACACCUGUUUCCAGUUGCUCAGGAACUGGAAAGACGGAUGAGAAAAUGGACUUAACAAGGGAGAACAAACUCGCCCAGUUCAACAACUGGUUCACCUGGUGUCACAACUGUCGACAUGGUGGCCAUGCCGGUCACAUGCUGAGCUGGUUCAGAGACCACACAGAGUGCCCGGUGUCAGCCUGUGCGUGUAAAUGCAUGCAGCUGGACACCACAGGGAACCUGGUGCCUGCAGACAGCAGCUAAACUGGACACGCGUGUUGGAAACUAAAGACAAACACGAGCAAGGAGCCAACUGGUGCAAGCUAUCUGCUGCGCCACCACACCAACUACUGGGGAGGGGACAAAAAGGCGUCGGUGACGUCCCUCUCUGAAGUGGCUGCUUGGAUUGAAAGAUAUAUUGUUAAGUAAUAGUCUAGGCAAUGUUAUGUAAUACCAGAGCUCUAUGAAGAAGGGAAUCAAAGUGUGGGGUAAUAAUUUGACUAACUAUGUUAAAGGCAGAAAGGGAGCAAAUUCUAAUUUACUGCUUAGCUAAUAAAAAUAAUUCUCAGGUUAAGUUUAAGAGGACAUGCUGUCAUCAGCCUCUUCAAGUCUAGCUUGAAUCAGGAUGCUGUUUUUUUGUAAAUCUACAGUCAGAUAUUAGGUUGAGAAGAUGUGAUCACUUGUGCCAUUAUUUCUAAAGUACGUUUUGUCAUGUUUUAGUCCGUAUCUCAUUUCUGAUGGGAAAAAUCUUCACAUACCUCAUGAAAGUUUUGUUUGGGGCGCAAUGACAAUAAUAGCCUCCUACUCUUCUCAUCUGGCUUUGUGCAGGAGGGGCAUGAAGUCUGAAAGGUUCCCUUUGGGGUGGGCAGGGAGCGGGGGUUGGGGUGAGGAAUUAGAGACGCUGUGGAGGGACAGGGCGGAGGAAGAGGAGUGUGGGAGGGUGCGUCUGCAUUCACCAGCCUACUCCAGGCCUGUGGUCCAUGAAAGAAGCUCCCCAGAAAACAGCAGCUGCUCAGCACUCUGACAAGACCCUCCAGAUUGUUCCCCUCAUAAAGAACCUCAGCUGCCGGAACACUAUUGACUCAAAGACAAAACCAGAGAACAGACACCCUGAGCCUUGUACAGUUACUCCCCUCCCUCCAACAACCUCCAGAUUAACACACUGCCCCUCUCUUUCUUUCUGUACACACUGAUGCCCAAAUUGCACCAGAAAUCUAUGCAUACCACACAUGAAUCCAAGGAUGGGCGCCAUCUGUGGGGUAGCCGUCGUCUGUAAACCACAUUGCAAAUGGUAUUUGUGUCUGUCUUUGCCACCUUCCCUCCACAGUCUCUAAUCCAGGGACUUAUUGUAAAUAGGGCGGCCUUCUCCAUAGCUGGCUAAAUCACUUAGUCAUAGUGUUGAGGAGGAGUUGGGAGGGGGCAGAGCAGUUACUGUAGGCAGCAUUGUCCAAGGUUUUAAAGGCCUGCCUGCUCUUUAGUGAAUCAUUUUGGAUCGGGGCAGACAAAUUGGCGAGCCAUGUAGCGUCCUGGAAAACGGCGCAGCUGAAAUUUCAUCCUUUUCACAGUUUCUUGUGUUUUGCCUUUUAAAUAAAUCUCUGCUGACAAACCGAAA